GUCCUCUAUCUACUUUGGAGUCCCUCAGCCUUUCCAGUCAUACAUCCCCUUCACGUCAGAUUAAGUCAUCAACCAGGGACCCCCCCUCCUCCCGGACACUGGCAGUGUAUAUAUAUUCGUCCCCGACCUUAGCUUGAAACCUUCACGUUUUGCCACCGUUACUUGUCAGAUAAGAUUACAGUUAUUCCUGCCGACUCAACUUCAAUAGUGCUCUUGGUAACAAGAAACAUUUUACGACCAACGCUUUUAUAUGUCACUACCCGUCGCGUCGUCGCUGUCAUCCUGGUCGAGGAAUCUAUAACCCGCCGAGUUCAAAAAUCCUACGGCGAUUGAGCGGCGUGGCUUUGUCUCCCGUUAUAAUUUGUUAUUCACCCGACACCAAUUUACUCUUUCCCCACUUCCCUUCUCUAACCUCGGAAUACACAAUCUAAAUCAAGAUGGGACGAAGAAAGAUCGAAAUCAAAGCCAUCAAGGAUGACAGGAACCGUUCUGUCACGUUUCUGAAGCGCAAGGGUGGUCUAUUCAAGAAGGCACAUGAGUUAUCUGUGCUCUGCUCCGUUGACGUGGCUGUAAUCAUAUUCGGCAGCAACAAGAAGCUCUACGAAUACUCCUCGAGUGACAUGCGAGAUCUGAUUACGAGAUAUUCAUAUCAUGGCGGCCCAAGCGAACAUAAAGGCCCGCACGAUUUCAACGGCGGCGACGAUGACGACGACGAAGAUGGAGACGGUACUCCCCCGCACGGUCACGAAGGAUCUGUCGAGCCUCAAAUGAUCCCUCCUCAUUUCCACGGCCACGGCCAACCCCAACCUCCCUUCGCACAUCUACGACAUCAGACUCCUUCCGCCUCGCCUCCGAUGAACGGACUCAACGGAAUGCCCUUCGCGCCUCGAGGACAUACCCCUCAGCCACAAAUCGCAUCUAGGCCGUCAUCUCGAAAUGGUUUCCGACGCGACUUGCGCAUUCCUCAACCAGGGCUUCAGCCUGUCACUAAUGGCUACGCGUAUAUGCCUCAGCCUGCCAUUUACAACCCUCAGAGUCAGCCUAAUUAUCAGCAUGGGGUUCCACCACCUCCUCCGGGUCAGUAUCAUCAAUACGCCGCUGCUGCUCAACAGCAGCAUCAGGCACAUAACUACAUGGAGGACCAGCACCGAUCAUCUGUGCCUCCCCCUUACCCUCCACAAGGUCCUGCACAAGGCCAGCCGCCUCAUUCGCGUCACUCUCCGCCACAGCCUACACACCAGAUUUCCCGUCAACAAACGCCUCAUAUGUCUCCUCCUCAACCGCCGCCUCAGCAUCUAGAGCCUCCACAACAGCACCUGACACUACAGCACUCGCAAUCUAUGCCUGAGCCUCAACAGCCGCCUGCGCCCAUGGAGCCUAGACACGAUCAGCUUCAGGACAGACCCGGCCAGCCUUUACUCGACACGGCAUCUGCGAUCAAAAAACUACCACAGCGCAAGCAGCACAGCAUCUUUACGCCGAUCGACGAAAACCGAUCGAUUCUGUCUCAGCAUUUGGCUUCAUUUAAUGCAGAGCCUCGUAUAAAGGAAGAAGGCGAUCGAUCGCAAUCUAUAGAUCUUGGUGCGGUACCGCGAGUUAAAGCUGAUGCAUCUCCACCCCUUCCGCAGCGCUCGAACACGUCUAACCUGUCUCACUCUCAUAACUCUGCAUCCACGAUUCCUGAAACUACCUUUACUCCGCCUUCGCGCUCUAACAGCUUGAAGAUUGGCGGCGGCUCGCGACCUCGGCUAAAGGUGCAAAUUCCCGAGGAGCAGUCUGAAGCUGGCAGUAACGCUGGUGAUACAGCUACUUCUCCCCGUACCACAACGGAUACGACUGUGCAAUCUGCGCGCCGCAAUGGCGAUGGCCCCGGAACAGGCGUGGUACUUCCACCUCCUUCACCUUCGGCGUCGGCCAUGUUGUCUGCGGGAGCCACCGGCCCGCCAAAUCCGUUUGCUAGGCCCCCACCCCAAAACCAGAACAAUAGUAUGAAUAUCGACACACCUGUAUCAGCGCUUCCAUCUCGGUUCCUCAACAAUGAAUUCCUACCCAGUCCUAGUAGCUUUUACCCGGAAUGGAAUUUUCGGGGCAACGAAAGUACUACGUUGCCAAGUCCUCUAAACUUUGCUACGCCAGUGGUUGGGUCAGGACCUUCCUUUCUGAGGGAUGAGAAUGGACCGAACCCGACGAAGCGGAAGAGUCCGGAUACUACGAAUGGCCAUGGACCGGACGCGCCGGAUGGUGGUGAACCCAAAAGAAUCAAGGUAGAGAUUUAGUCGGCCGCCAAUAUUCCCAUGUUGCAUCUUUAGCACAUUGGGGCUGUUUGGUUAAUUACGAUUCUUUUACUUUAUCUUAGUUCGACUCCUGUU